UAUUUAAAAUUAAUUAAGAAAUGUUGACGUCAAUAAUUGAAAUGAUUAUUAAAUGAAAAAUUGAUGUUAAAAUUGUAAAAUUUUAGGGAUCUAACUCGAAACAACUCAAAUCUCAAUGGUAAAAUUGUAAUAUUUUGAAACUUAUGAACUAAAUUGAAACCAAACUCAAAACUGUGUAACAUUUCGAAACUUAAGAAUUAAAUAGAAAAUGCAUCUAAGGGUUAAAAAGUAUUUUUUCCAAAAAUAUUUACUUUUUUAAGAAAUAAUAUAUACUUUUCUCGGCUGGAUAAAAUCUUUAAUCGAUAAAUAUAAGAAAUAAGAGAGAGGAAACCAGUUUGGCUAUCUCAAAAGGGGAAAAAAAAGAAUUUAAUAUUUUCCAAAAAAAAUUAAUUUCAUCUUAUAAAAGCCCUAGUUGAUCCUUCUUCCACAUCACUCAAAUCAAAAUUCCCCAAAUCCCGCCUGAACCCUAAACCUCCCUUCUUCCAAUUUCUGAUUUUCCGACGACCAUGCCUUUAAUUACCGACAACGGCGAGCCUCUCCUCGCCCCCAACCCCGAUCGCUUCUGCAUGUUACCAAUUCAGUACCCUCAAAUCUGGGAGAUGUACAAGAAAGCCGAAGCUUCCUUCUGGACCGCCGAAGAAGUCGAUCUCUCACAGGAUCUUCGCCAUUGGGAAUCUUUAACUGCCGACGAGAAGCACUUCAUCACUCACGUUCUUGCCUUCUUUGCUGCCUCUGAUGGCAUUGUUCUGGAGAAUCUUGCUGCACGUUUCAUGAAAGAAGUUCAAGUCUCUGAAGCAAGAGCUUUUUAUGGAUUUCAAAUAGCUAUGGAGAAUAUCCACUCCGAGAUGUACAGUCUUCUUCUGGAAACCUAUAUCAAAGAUCCAAACGAGAAGAUUAAGUUAUUUCGCGCUAUUGACACCGUCCCCUGCGUCAAGAAGAAGGCGGAUUGGGCGUUGAAAUGGAUCGACAGCACGGAAUCGUUCGCCGAACGUAUUUUGGCAUUUGCUUGUGUUGAAGGAAUCUUCUUCUCAGGUAGCUUCUGCUCCAUUUUCUGGUUGAAAAAACGUGGAUUAAUGCCUGGGCUCACAUUUUCAAAUGAGUUGAUUUCGCGAGAUGAGGGUCUUCAUUGUGAUUUUGCUUGUUUGUUGUAUUCAUUGUUAAAGAAGAAACUGAGCGAGGAUCGAGUGAAGGAGAUUGUUACCGAGGCCGUGGAUAUAGAGAGGGAAUUCGUGUGUGAUGCCUUGCCUGUUGCUCUGGUUGGAAUGAAUGGCGAUUUGAUGAGCCAAUACAUUGAAUUUGUGGCAGAUAGGUUGGUUGGAGCUUUAGGUUAUGGGAAAAUUUAUAAUGUUCAGAAUCCAUUUGAUUGGAUGGAGUUGAUUUCAUUACAGGGGAAGACCAAUUUCUUUGAGAAGAGAGUUGGGGAAUAUCAAAAGGCAUCUGUGAUGUCAAAUUUGUAUGGUGAUGCGAGAAUCCAUGUGUUUAAGAUGGAUGAAGAUUUCUGAGAAUUGAAGAUAAGAUUUUGCCGUGUACAAUAAAAUUUAAGGCUAGUUUGAUAAA